UCUGUUUUUUUGGUGUGUCGACAGCCUUUUGGUGAAAUUCUGUUUCGGGAAAUAUUUCUUUGAGCUGUUGAAUAUCAGUUGGUAGAAGAUUAUUGUUGGAAUUGAAGUAUUCCUUUCUUCAUUCACUUUUCAAAAUGUUAAUGAAAGGAGCCACAUCCGUGGAACAGGAAGAACACCAGUGUGAAGAUGUGAGUGAGAUGGCCAUUGACAUCUGACAUGGAUAAUCAAGAUCAACGAUGAGUAAAGCAUGUGAUUUCCCAGACAACAUGAAUGAAUGGACCAAAGACCAUGUCAGACAUUGGGUAGUUGAUCAACUGAAGCUUGAUCAGAAAUGUGGAGAAAUACUGUACAAUGAAGAUGUCUCUGGAGUGGUGUUGGUGGAACUUACUAAAACAGACUUAAAAGAAAUGGGCUUAAAAGCAGGACCUGCUUCUCUGAUAGUGCGUAAAUGUAAUGAAUUCAGCAAAAGUCAAAAGCAGGUCACAAAACAAGAAGGUGUCGCUGAUAUUCACCGAACAAGCUCAAAAACAAACAAAUUAGAAAGUCAACCUUCUUUCCCAGCAAGUGGUUCAGAUGAUGGGGUAAAUGACAGCAACAAAACAGAGGAUCAAUAUAAGAAAACAGAACACGCAGAAUCCACUGAAAAAUCUUCCUUGAAAUCCAGCAAAAAAAAGAGUAAAAUAAAGAAUAUUGAGAACCAAACGGAGUCAGGAGUCUCUCUGAUUAAACAUGAGGAAGCCACAGAAAUACACAGUGAUGUGGGUAAUCCUACAACAUCAGAAGAAACAGAAACAAAAGGACAGCAGAAACCACAGGAUACAUUCAGUACAGUUACAAACAUACAACCCAAGACAGCAACACCACAAAGGAAAGGACAGCAAUUCAAAAUCACUGCUGAAAAACAGAUACCUAAACAGAUGUGUGAGCCACAUCCAUUUGAUGAAUCUCACACAGGUAGAAGAUAUGUACAGAACAUUAUUCUCCCUCCGGAAACUGGACCCUCUAAUCUAAUGGACCCAAUACAUGAGUAUAAGCUUCUGACACGGACAGAGAAUGCAACAGAGGAAGACAUUAAAAAGAAGUUUGGUAAUGAAGUUUUUAGAUUUGCAGCUGCUUGUAUGAAUACUCGAACAAAUGGCACCAUCCAUUUUGGAGUAGGAGACACCAAAUGUGAGUAUGAACAUGGUGAGAUUAUAGGAGUGUGUGUAGACAGUAAAGAUAAAUACGUUGAUUAUCUUCAAAAUAAUUUUGUGCAUUACUUUGGCCGAGAUGACAUCACGGAUGCAAAAUACAUCAUUAGACCACCUCGCUUUGUGGAGAUUCGAAAUGCUGAUCAGACUUUGUCAGGAAAGUAUGUGAUAGAGGUUGAUGUUGUCCCAAGCUACAAUACUUGUGCUUUGAAGUUAUAUCACAUUCACAUGAUGAAUCUGAUAGACAAAAAAUGGAUGAAGAGCAAAGAGAAACAUCUGUUUAUACGAGAUGGAAGCAGCUCCAGAGACAUUCUGGGGAAUAAAAAUCUCACAGAAAGAGAAGCUGAAUAUAGAAGGUUCUUGACUGAGACGCUACCAACCUUGGCGGAGAAACGGAAAGUUGAAGAAGAAAAAACGGACAAAAAAAGAACAACCAAAAAACAAGAUGGACACAAGCUGAGCCGUAUGAUUACAGGGGGCGCUGACAUGAUUGACACAUCAUAUUACCAGCGGUACAUUUUAGUGACAAAUAAAUGCCAGGAGAAUCAAAUGCAGAAUUUUGAUUUUCUGAAGGAGAUAGAUUGGUUUGCUGUGCUGGAAUUUGAUCCAGAAUCUGUAACCAAUGGCGUGUGCAAGUCUUAUCGUGCAGAAAGAGCAGCAAAUCUUCACUUUCCCACUCACUUCCAAGACAUGGAUGUAGCAAUUACUGAAAAGAUUGAACGGCUGAAUCUAUACAAACAAACAAGCUGGAUAUUUUGCAAUGGACGGUCAGACCUUCAGGAUGAAACCUAUCAGCCAUUACCUCCCAAACUUUGGUACAAGGAAAGGGCUGCUGACAUCAGAAAGCUGGUCUCCUUUCUGUGCAGACAAGAUAUCAUGCCAAAAGGGAAAUAUUUGGUUGUGUUUCUGCUACUUUCUAAAGUGGACGAUCCAAGAGAUCCCAUUCUGGAAACUUUCUGUUCAUUUUAUCAGGAACUCAAAGGCACAGAAGAUAUAAUGUGUAUCUGUGAAAGUGAACAAACAUUCCAGCAAUGGAAGGACUUGUUGCAAUCCACGUGUGAUUCACGAGAACUUAGCGACAGGUGUGUUUCCUCUUUAACUCUGGAUGAAAUCAAUGCCACAAUCUUGAAAUUGAAAUCAGUGACUCGAUCUACCAGACGCUUCUUACCCUCAGCAACAUCAGCAUCAGUUAUUCUACAGAAAAAAGAGGAGGAAUACAUGACUGCUCUUGAAAUCCUGUGUGAAAAUGAAUGUGAGGGAACUGAAAUUGAAAAUGACCAAAAUAAUUUCAAAGAAUUUCAAAAAUCCAAAGAGGAACAGUUUUAUAGAGGUGACAAAGCAUCAUGGUGGAACUUUUACUUUUCCACAAACGGCUAUUCUGGUGCUUUUAUCAAACGCGAUAGUUAUACUAAACUCAAUGAACUUAUUAACUCAGAAUCACCUUCUGCAACGUGUGUGAAGAUCAUCAAUCUGUUUCAUCACCCAGGCUGCGGUGGGACAACUUUAGCUAUGCAUGUUUUAUGGGAAUUGAGGAAAAAGGUGAGGUGUGCUGUCCUGAGGAACAGCAAUGGUGAUUUUGCAGAAAUUGGAAGACAAGUUAUUAACUUGGUCACUUACGGGGGAACCCCUCAGUCUGAUUACCUCCCUGUGUUACUCUUAGUAGAUGACUUUGAAGAGUUGGAAAAUGUGCAUAUGUUACAAAAUUCCAUUCAAUCCACCGUUGCUGAAAAAGGCCUCAGAUUUGAGCGUCCACUGGUAAUUGUUCUGAACUGUAUGAGAUCCCAGGAUCCAGACAGAAGCUCAAAAAUGAGUGUUUUAUACAGUGUCACUUUGAAGCAUAAACUCUCUAUGAAAGAGCAACAGUUGUUUUCCUCUAAACUGAUAGAAAUUGAGGAAUACCACACAAGACCAGAAGACUUCUAUUCCUUCAUGAUCAUGAAAACAAAUUUUGAUAAAAGCUACAUUGCAAAUUUGGUUCAUAACAUUUUGAAAGACCUGAGGAAUUCCACUAAACAAGCUGACCUCAUUUCAUUUUUGGCAUUGCUGAAUUCCUACGUUAAAGAUUCAUCAAUGUCGUUAUCAAAAUGCGAGGAGUUCUUAGGGGUAGGUCAUGUGAAGACAUCAUUCUGGGGCCCAGAAAAGUUUGAAGAUUUGAUGGGCACUUACUGUACUCUUCUCAUUCGUAUUGAGGUUGAAGCAUAUGGCAGAUACCAGGGUAUUCGUAUCAUCCAUCCACUGAUUGCCAUGCGUUGCUUGGAAGAGCUGAAGUUGUCAUGCAGUCUGCACAAGAGUGAAAUUGCCAAACGUUUCCUCUCUCAAAACAUGUUGUUUCAGAGUAGCAUUGGCAGAGACAAACUCCUGCAAGACACAUGGAGCAUGUUGAUCACAAGACAACGGAAAGAACAUGGAGAUGAAACAGAUACUUUAUUCUCUCCAUUAAUUGAAGCAAUUCAAAAGAAAGAGGGAAAUCCUCAGGUACAGAGUGUUUUGACUGAAGCAUCAAAUAGGUUUGACCAGAAUCCAUAUAUUUCUCAGGCCUUAGCCAGACACCUUUACCUGAAGGAAAAGAACUUUGAUUUAGCGCUUGAAUGGGCACAUAAAGCGAAAGACAAGGCAAGAGACAAUUCCUACAUUACUGACACUUUGGGCCAAAUUUUUAAAAGCAAAUUAAAACACAGGAUGGAAAGUGAGGAAAUUCUGAAACAAACUGUUCUGACAACCUGCCAGUUGGAUGAGUUUCUAAAGCUUGCUCAGUCUGCUUCAAAAGCCUUCAAAGAAUCUCAGGAACUGACUGAGAAGAAAGGUGAAGGCAGAAUACAAUGGGCAGAGCAGAGGACUAAACGGAAGCAUGAUGUGUACAACACAUCCGGAUAUCUUGGAGAGAUUGAAAUGGCUCUUUGUGUUGUAGAUAUUCUCAGAAAGAUACCAUUCUUUAAUGGAAAGGAUGAACUAAGUAAACAACAAAUGGCACACUUGCUAUCAGGAAACAUGAAUCUCAGUCACAUUGAAAAAACAAACAGCAUUGAUGAAGACUUGUGUUCAGUGCUUGAAGACUACAACCGGUACCUGAUUAAUAUUCAAACCAGCUUGAAAACUGCUUUUGAUUUUUUUGAAGACUACUUUGUCUAUUUCAAAACAAAAAACAUUGAGAAAGAAAUAGCAGAUUUUAAGAUUCGCAAGAAAGUCUCAGAAUGUUUUGGCAAGUACACAGGCAUAUUCUAUCCAUUGCAAAGUACUUGCAUGGCUGCAAGGAUGAACAAGCCAAAACUCAGCAUGCAGCUUGAGCUGGAGGAUUGCAAAAAGUUUUUAGAAGCACAUAAAGCUGACCGAUUUGCUGGCUUACUUGAGUUUCUUACCAACAAUCACGGAGCUGGACGAACAUUGGAAGAAGUUGUUAGCAAAUAUCAAUUUGUCCUCCAAAAUGCAAGAAACAAAAAAUUAACAAGAGAAAAGCAAAAUUUCAUCUUGGCCAACAUUGUAUUGAAUUGUAUCACACACGGGUCCAAGAAAAUCGAAAGUUACGAGAAACUUUUGCACCUUUUGAAAGAAGUGCUGCAAGAUGUGGGUUCUGAUCACUGUCACGCUGAACCAUAUUUUUUGGCUUCCUUGUUGUUCUGGCCGAAUAAAGAUUUCAAACUAAAUGAAGAUUCCAAAUUACUCCUGAAGUACGUGACCUCAAUGAGACGGUCAUUUAGAGGACGCUAUGGACGCAUGAGUCAUUCAAAACAUGCCGUUGCACAUUUCUAUCUCAGUAACAGAGCAGGCUUGAAUAAGUUAGUUCACAAAGGAAAAAUUGACCAAUUGUUCAGUGAAAAUACACACCGAAAUUCGUUAUGGCAAUCUGGAGAAAUCUGGAAAAAAGAUAAAAUCAAAGAGCUUCUCCUUCGUGUGUACGGCAGGACAGGAGAAGAUGACAUGGUGUAUGUAGAGUAUGGUGAUGAUGAAAGAAUCAAAGUACCUGUACGUCCUGUAUACCUGGGUAAACUGAGAAGCGGCAGAAGCAUUGAAAAAAUAUCCUUUUAUCUGGGAUUCUCAAUGGAUGGACCAAUAGCAUACGACGUAGAGAACAUAAAUUAACAACAAAAGUAAUGGACUAGAAUACAACCAUGCCCUCGUGUUCCAGUUUAUGUUUCUAGCCAGCACUGUCAAAAGCCUUGGGACAUUCUCCGGACAAAUUGUAUACAUUUUUCUGUUUGUGAAAUAAUACUGUACCAAAUGUCGGUCAGUUACAUUUAUUGACAUCUUCUAUAAUGCUGUUAUAAAUUAGCAUUUCAAUCAAUCAUUUUUGUUUAGAAAAGCUGACACAUAAAUAAUAGAAGUUUUAAUUAUCUGAUUUAUAGCAAUGAAUUGGUGCUUAAAAAAGGGCUUUUUUGUUUUCUCAUACCUCUCUGCAAUUGAUUAGUAAUUUUGGGGUAGUGGGAAAGGAUAGAGUAUGGAGAGGGAGCUCGCUAGUUCAUUCACUGUACGCGCUAGGUUUUGCUGGUCUCAGCUGGAGCUGCAUUGGGAGGAUACAUUGACCACUACCUUCCCAGUGCUAAGGGAAAACCAGCUGGAUUCCUCUCCAGUGUUCUCUGAAUACAUUUUUGGCAGCUGGGUGAGGAAAGACAAUGUGGCGUUUCAUUAUUAUUGCAGUGACCAAGGAGUAGUAAUGUAAUAAAAUCGAAACACAAGAUAUCAACUCGGUAUGUGGAGGGCCCUACAGAGAAUGCUCAAAAUCCCAAAAUAGAUUAAUCCUACUCACUUGCCUUCUUCAUGGCCUGUCUCAAAAUCUUCCUCUUCGACUGUGCCUUCGGUCACUCUCCUAUCCCCACCCUCCCUGCCCUCCACACACCCGAUCCCAACUCCCAGCUCGGGUGCAUAUUCUUAACUGUCCAGCAUUUAGGAUGUCCUCCCCAUAUGAAAGGCGCUAUACAAAUGUAAUUUUUUGUUGUUGAAAAUAUUAGCAGAACACAUCAUUUGAUUCUAUCUAAUGUUUAGAAUAUGUUCAACCUAUAGGAAAAUAUGUAUAUGUGUGGAUUGAAACAGCCACUUGUAAAGUGGUAAAAACAUUCUUAUUUUAUUGUAAAACAUGUACCAGAUCAACUGCAAUAAAGGUCAGUUUUUA